AGCAGCGUGAUAGCCGGCGGUCCCGUUAUGAGCCGGGAAUACUAUCGCCCAUGGAGACACUUGGCUGCCGCUGCGAGAGACCUUGGUUCCAGCAUCAAGAGUGACAAGGACAAGUUCCAAGUUAAUCUGGACGUCCAGCACUUUUCGCCAGAAGAGAUCAGCGUGAAGACCGCCGAUGGUUACUUCGUUGUGGAGGAGAAACAUGAGGAGAAGAAGGACCAGCACGGGUACAUUUCGCGUCAGUUCACCAGGAGGUAUGCGUUGCCAGAAGGUUGUACGCCUGAGACUGUGGAGUCGAGGCUGUCUUCGGACGGCGUGUUGACGGUGACGGCGCCGCGGAAGGUGCCCCUGGCGGUGCAAGGCGAGAGGAAGGUGCCCAUCGCACAGACCGGGCCUGUGCGCAAGGAGGUCACCGACCAGUCCAACGGCGACAAGGCGCAGUAGUUAGUUUAUUUAGGUUUAGAAAGCGUUUCCUCAUUUCAGUGAUUUUCUUUUUCAAGACUGAUAAAUGUUAAUUUUAGUUCUUUAUAAUAAAAAAAGAUUUUCUAAGUGUGAU